AGAAACCGUGUGAGAUAGGAAAGAUUCUCAGAAUCUAGAAUAUCAGCAUGGUUUUUUUGCAGGGACAACAAGGUUUGAAUUAGGAACAAUUAAACAAGAUAUUAAGGCACUUGUGGGGCUGUGUGUAAGGUUUCUAGAGCAUUGGAUUACAGGGUAACAUUUGCAUGGUGACAGAAGGAUUUGGAAAGCCAAUGCACAAAGUUUUGAAACUUUGUAAAUGUGGGGGUUGAUUAGAUCAAAUUGUGGGAAAGAAAAAUGAGUUGUUUUCCUUGUUGUACAUCACAAGAGAGGAUCAACAAGAAAUCAUUGAAGAAGAGCAUUAAGGAAUACCAUGAAGAAAAAAUUCUAGCCUCAUUUGCCAACAUCUCUGUUAAAACAGAUAGUGGCAAGCGAAAUCUCAUAACAAAUGAGCUAGCAAAGCUUGGGAAAGGAAACAUUACCUCUAAGAUAUUUCCAUAUCGUGAGCUAUGUGUUGCAACUCAGAACUUUAACCCUGCCAAUAUGAUUGGUGAAGGAGGCUUUGGGAGGGUAUACAAAGGACACCUUAAAAGCACAAAUCAAGUUGUUGCUGUGAAGCAACUUGACAGGAAUGGAUUUCAAGGGAACAGAGAAUUUCUUGUAGAGGUUUUGAUUUUGAGUCUUUUGCACCACCCUAACCUUGUCAACUUGGUAGGGUAUUGUGCUGAAGGUGAACAUAGGAUUUUGGUGUAUGAAUAUAUGAUCAAUGGCUCUUUAGAAGAUCACUUACUUGAAAUAACUCCGGAUAGAAAACCUUUGGACUGGCAGACUAGAAUGAAAAUUGCAGAAGGUGCAGCAAAAGGACUUGAAUAUUUGCAUGAACAAGCAAACCCACCAGUGAUAUACCGCGAUUUCAAAGCAUCAAACAUACUGCUAGAUGAAAACUUCAAUCCAAAGCUCUCUGAUUUUGGACUUGCAAAGCUUGGUCCAACUGGAGACAAAACACAUGUGUCCACAAGAGUGAUGGGAACAUAUGGCUAUUGUGCUCCCGAGUAUGCAUCAACCGGGCAAUUGACUUCAAAAUCAGAUGUGUACAGUUUUGGAGUAGUGUUUUUGGAGAUGAUCACUGGAAGAAGAGUAAUUGAUAAUGCAAGACCAUCAGAAGAGCAAAACUUAGUCCUUUGGGCACAACCACUUCUAAGAGAUAGAAUGAAGUUUACACAAAUGGCAGAUCCAUUGCUAGAAGAUAACUACCCCAUAAAGAGUCUAUACCAAGCUCUAGCAGUAGCAGCAAUGUGUCUCCAAGAGGAAGCUGAUACUCGACCUUUGAUCAGUGAUGUAGUUACAGCCAUUGAGUUUUUAGCAAGGAAGAAAGUAGAAGUGGAUGAACCACGACAUACAAAAGAAACUUCUUCCACUCAAGAUGGAGAUAGUAGUGAACACAAUGAAUCUGAUGAAGAAUCUGAUGGCGAGGAAGACGAUGAGAAUGAAGAUGAGGAGAAGGAUAAGAACGUUGAAAUCAACAAAAAAGAAUGAUGUAUGUGUGAAUGGAAAUGCAACUAAUUAAUUCAAGUCCUUUGUCCAACCCACUCUCUAGUGUCCACAAAGUGAUUAACAAGGAGAAAGAAAACCAUGCAUGCACAUUAUAAAGUUAUAAUGCAAUUUCAACACCUACUACGUACUUGCCAAUUUUUAUUGGCGAUGUGCCUUUCAA